UCGAUGUAAACAAAAGAAUAGUAACUUGAUACUAAUUGAUAUUUGCAUUCCUAUAAUUGAUACAAUUAUCCUUUCACGAUAAUAAAAGUUACCACUUGAUAAUGAAUUUUCAAUCCAGUAUUGUUUGAAUGAAUGACAGUAAACUGAAAGAUGCACUGGAGAAAGAAGCGGAAAUUGUUUUUGUGGAUUUUUCUGUUGACGGUUGCUGUUUGUGGAGUAUGGACUGUAAAUUUCGUUCGCAAUUAUCUUGCUGUUAGAGAGUUGGUGGCGGACUUAAAGACAGGGGAGUAUCUUUCUGAUCUGGGGAGGUUCAGUGUGGAUGACUUUCUUAUGAAGUUGGAACCUGAUGUUUCUAGUUUGACGAGUGACUCCUUUCCCAACAUCAGCAUUCCUCUUGGAAGGCAGCUUCCUGAUACGAGGCCUGCAAGAUGUAGUCCAAACCCAGUCCAACUGGUCAGAUUACCAGACACAAGUGUGGUCACAGUGGUACAAGGGGAGCCCAGGCAUGUCAUUCUGAGGACAAUAUACACUGUGCUGCUGAGGACACCACCAGAUCUGCUGAAGGAGAUCAUUGUUGUAGAUGAUGGAAGUGAAGAUGUAAGUGCAGGUCAGCAGUUGAUGUACAUUCCAAAGGUUAAGGUCAUCAGGACUGACAAACAGCAAGGUUUGAUACAGUCCUACAACCUAGCAGCUGGUAUUGCAGAAGGAAAGGUGCUCACAUUUAUCAGUGUCAAGUGUGAAGUGAAUGUCGGCUGGCUUGAGCCCAUGCUGCAAAGACUGGUACAGAAGCCAGCAGCAGUUGUCUCCCCUGUCUUGGACAGUAUCUCCCACACUGGAGAGUAUUUAGCCACUGCAGAUGCUCUCAAGGGAGUCUUUGACUGGGGUCUGAUGACAUCUUGGGAGAAGUUGGAGAGAUUGCCAGAGUUAGAUACAGUUGUAAGGACCAUUGUGUAUCGGGGCCAGGUGUUCUGUGUUGGACGGGAGAGAUUCCGACAGCUAGGUAGACUGGACCCAGGCUUUGAUGGGCAGGGAGGUGAAAACAUAGAGUUGUCGUUGAAGGCGUGGUUGUGUGGCGGUUCGGUUGAGAGGGUACUGUGCAGCCGUGUUGGUCAGGUGCAUUUGGACAAAGAACUAACUGGCAUCCAGAAAGGCAGAGAAAAUAUCUACACAAGGAACGUAAAGCGGGUGGCAGAGGUUUGGUUGGAUGACUACAAGAGAUUUUUCUAUCACAUAAAACCGUCAGCCCGCAUGGUCUCAGUUGACAGUGUGGCAGAGAGGAGAAGUCUACGGAAACAGUUGCGAUGUAAGACGUUCAAAUGGUUCCUGGAGAAUGUCUACCCAGAACUCUUGCCUCCUGUUACAGAUGAGGUUAUGUAUGGUAACCUUCGCCAGGGCAACCAGUGUGUGGACAUUGAGGUCGGCCAUGUACCCACUAUCUCUAAGCUGGCCCCAUGUGAUCCCCAUACUGGCAGCCAGGACUGGUCAUUAAAGCAGUCUGGGGAGGUUAUUAGUGGAGGGAUGUGCCUUACAGCUGAUCCUGUAGAGACUCAUGGCUAUGUGAUGGUCCACUUCUGCACAGGGCUCAAAUCUCAGAAGUGGGAGUUAGUAGAAGGUCAGCUGGCAAGACAAGACAGUGGUCUGUGUCUGGACAGUCACAAAGCAGAGGUUGGACUGGUCAUCUCUGAGUGUGAUGGUGACCUGCCCAGCCAAAAGUGGUCAGUCAGCUCCAAACAAGCCAAGUCCAGAUCCAGGGAUGAGGUAUGAAUGUGAAGGUCAUCAACUUGGCCUAAAUCAGGAUGUAUGAUUUGAUUUAUUUGAUAUGUUUAUUCCAUAGCAGGUAAUUAGUCUUUUAACUUGACACCAGACUGAAAGACUUGUAUCAUGAUAUUGUUGUUACAUAUGUAUUGUUCAUGUAUGAUGUUUGGACACAAAGUAGUUUCUUGAUGUUAACAAAAAUUUUAAGCCGUUGUUUGGCUGGAAUAAGUAAAACAAUAUUCUUUAAAUAUGAGACGAACAAUUUUGUAUUUAUUUGCUGCUUGUGGUAGUGUAUGAUGGUAUGAUAUAAUAGAUGUAAUUUCAAUAAGGUCUAUAGGGGAAAUAUCUAUGAGAUGAGUAUGGACAAAAGGAUUAUAGAGUACUGUCAAAAAUAGAUCUGUUUCAACAAGGUUGCCAAUAUUUGAUUCCAUUAUUUGGGAAACAAUGAUAGCCAUGUUGCCAAUAUUUGAUUCCAUAAUUUCAGAAACAAUGAUAGCCAUGUUGCCAAAUUCUGUAAUGUUCGAAAUGUACAGUAGAAUGUGAUUACCAGAUUGAACAUUUAAACCAGUUAUGGCCCUGCAGUUGUCAACAUUUUUAAGAAACUUACCCUGCCUGCUCUAUGAGAGCAUACAUUCCUCAGAGGUGUUUUAUAACCGGGCUUAGUCACUUUAGUAACACCAGAAAUAUGGUCCCUAUGCGGUAACAAGUGGACUAUGUUAAGUGUGUCUUCUCUCUUACUUGACCAUUUCUUAUGAAUCUCGAUUUCUGUUAAAUAUCUCGUACAUGUAAAACACAAUUAUUUAUUUUUUAUCCGUAUUUAUGGAUCAUAUAUUUUGAACAAGUUUAACUUUAAUUAUCAUCCAAUUAUUUUAGAAAUUGAUUGCAAUAUAUAUGUGGAAUUUAUAUUAUAAGAAUAAUUUAUGAAAGCAGUCACCAUUUAUGGUAUGUUCUGAUUUCUUUUAAAUUCAUUUUGUCUAAUCUGUGUUUAUUUUAAUUUGUUUUUGUUUAAAAUGUUAUUUACAAAUGAAGUGCCAAACUGUUCAUUUUGUGCAAUGUUUUUCUUUUGAAAUUUUGUUUUAUUGUUUUUGUUUUUCUUUGAAUUGUGUUGGUCUUAUAUAUACAUGGUUGUUUAUUAUAAUAGUGCUUGGAUUGUUUUGUAAGUUAUUUUACUUGAUCAACACCUGUCUUUCCCAAAGAAAGUGAAAUAGUUUCCAUAAGAAAUCACACAUUUUACUGAAUUUACUGAAACCUAUAGAAACCAAAAACAGGACAGUAUACUCACACAUUUGGUCUAGUAUUAACCAUAUUGUAAAUUGUUUCUACCCAAUUAUAUUUUAGUUGACCCUUUUCAAGGUUGAUACAUUCAGUCACAGCAUGAGAAAAAUCAUUUAAAGCUGCACUCUCACAGAUUAAACAUUUUGACAACUUUUUUAUUCUUUGUCUUGGAACGAGCCAAUUUUUGCGACAAUCCAUGGA